ACCGGUUGAGUGAAAAUAUAUAUUAUUAGAAUUUUACUUUUAAUCAUUUUAUUUCAUUAAUUUUCCUUCUUUUAUAUAAUAAUUAUUAGAAUGUUUUAUGUUGCAUUGUAAAAAACUGCAUUAACUCAAGAAUUGCUACCAAAAAUUAUGAUUGUAAAAUGUUUAAAAUACCAAAGGAUUUUCCUUGGUUAGUUUUAGUUUCGAUGCGAAGCUGAGAAGAAAACAUAAUUACACCUCAAGAUUGGGAGGACAAAAUAUUCGAUGCAAUAGAAUCUACGAUAUCAUAUUAUAUUAACACUGACGUAAACAACCUGGACACGAGUUUAAUGUUGGGAGUAUCUAUCAUGAAAGGACAGAUGUUAUCUUGCGCUAAAAACUUCAAGAUGAAUAGAAAAUCAUUCAAUUUACUUAAACGUUCUUAUGCUAUCAGUAAAAUGGCUAACAAACUAAACGAAAGAUUUUUUAAAGCAAAUAUAACAGUCUCAAAAAUAACUAAAAGAAUUCUUGAUAACAAUUUGUGGACUUCGUUUAGAAAAUUUAUUUGGAAAACCCAUGUAAUACCAAUAAGUGAUUUUGACGUGAAAUCAAUGGCUAGUGAAGAUUUGUUUUUUCAAAAUGUCUCUGAUACAUGCAUAUUAGAGUUACUUACUGACUGCCGGCCUUCUACAAAAUGUAUCCGAAGUGAACUUGAAGAUAAUUUUCUGGGUUACGCACUUACUCAUCAAGUAUUAUACAUUCAUAUUUUAAAGAAGAUGAAGUGUCUAAAGCACAAUAUUCAAAUUAUAUUGGAUGGAUUUAUACAAGACAAGUGUAAUACUAUGGUCAAUGAAGCCGAAUACAUGAUUAACAGCCCAAACAUUCUUUAUGAUUACAGAGAUUUAUUUAUUGAACAAAUUGCUGUCUGUGGAAUGGAGAACAUGAUAGAUUUUAUACGACCAGAAUGGUUAUCAUUCAUAUUGUCUUUGCAGAAUCAACAAGGAUGUUUUCAAAAUGCGAUAGAAAAACAAUUUGAUUGUGACACACAUCUCACGGGAGUAUCAUUGGCAGCUCUAGGUGUUUAUUGGAAAUUUCUAUGCUAUCAUAAUAACAUGGAAAGUACAAUUGAUACUAGUGAACAAACUUAGAUGUGUAUAAUAGUCUAAAUAUAAAUAAAUAAUUAUUAAUAGUAACAUAUAUUAUAUAAUACACCACUUUAUUUUGGUCGAUGUAGAAUAUAUAUUAUAAUACAGGAGAUUUUUUUAUAUUACAAAAUUAUUUACAAAAUUUGCAUACAAUUUUAAAAUAUAUACUUAUCAUUAAUACACAUCGAAUGACACUUAAA